AUGGACGGCGCAGACACGGACCCCACGGCAUGGCACACCCAGCUCGCCCUCAUGGAACAAGCUCUCUCCAAGCUCCCGCCUCUCUCCACCGCCGAUGAGUACGGAAAAGAUCUUGAAAUUAGUGAUGAAGAGCUCUCUGCUACAGUCGACUCAGACGACCCCUAUGAUAGCGACUUUCCGGACGAAUAUUACUACUCCAGCGACGACGCAGAUCCAGACACCAUAACACCCAACUGGCUCUCCCGAAAAUGCGCUACUUACUGUAGUUAUCACCCUAGCUAUGCCCUUAACCCAACCGAGCUUGAAAACAACCUUUCGUCCCUCCUCUCUGGUCCAAGCGCCGAUGACGCAUUACAAUCUUCCCUCGCAGAUAUGCUAGGUUAUGACGACUUCGAAUUCAUCAUGGCACUAAUCUCCCAUCGUGGGGAAAUCGUGGCGGCAACUUCACAACCCGAAGGAGGUGGGGAGGAUGCACUCCUUCGGCUUAUGACGAGGGAGCAGCGUGAGGAGGCGCUCCGUGCGGCAGAUCUGGAACAUAAGUCCCGGCCGCUUGGACCCAAGCUUGCUGAUCCGACAAUGAACUACCCGCAUGUGUACCGUGCGCACAGUGCGGGGAAUAGCUUGAAUGCAUUUGGGAAGAAGUACAGUCUUCCAAUGGGGAGCACAAGAAAUGAAGAGAAGGAUUAUGAGGAGAUUACAAUCCCGGCAGCGAAAGUUGGCCAUGUCAAGGCCGGAGAAAAGCUUGUCAAGAUUGAGGAGAUGGAUGCGCUGUGUAGAAACACGUUCAAGGGGUACAAGCAGCUUAACAGAAUGCAAAGCUUGCUAUAUCCAGUGGCUUACAAAACGAAUGAGAAUAUGCUUGUUUGCGCGCCUACUGGUGCUGGUAAAACCAAUGCUGCGCUUUUGACAAUUCUCCAUACUAUCAGCACCAAUUGUGUUCCAUCUCCACGAGACGAGCCUGACGCAGCACACUUCUACCCGCUCAAGGAUGAAUUCAAAAUUGUUUACGUCGCUCCCAUGAAAGCCCUUGCUGCCGAGAUCGUUGAGAAGUUCUCCUCGCAUUUAGCAUGGCUGAAAAUUGAAGUCCGCGAGCUUACAGGAGAUAUGCAGUUAACCAAGGCUGAAAUUAUGAGGACCCAGAUCAUCGUUACCACUCCCGAGAAGUGGGAUGUCGUGACACGUAAAUCCACUGGUGACACAGAGCUGGUCCAAAAAGUGAGAUUAUUGAUCAUUGACGAAGUCCAUAUGCUUCACGACGAUCGCGGCGCUGUAAUUGAGAGUUUAGUAGCACGUACUCAACGCCAGGUGGAAACCACACAGAGUAUGAUCCGUAUUGUGGGAUUAUCCGCCACUCUGCCAAACUUUGUAGAUGUUGCAAACUUUCUCAAAGUCAAUCUCAUGGCUGGAUUGUUCUACUUCGAUGCAUCCUUCCGUCCUGUGCCUCUAGAGCAGCACUUCCUCGGCGUCAAAGGAAAGCCUGGAAGCCGUGCCUCAAUGGACAACAUCGACAAAACAGCCUGGGAGAAGGUUAAAGAAAUGCUCAGAGAAGACCACCAGGUCAUGGUAUUUGUCCACAGUAGAAAGGACACCAUCAAGACCGCAAGGUUAUUCUACCAGUACGCCCUUGAUGAUGGCUGUGCAGACCUUCUUGAUAACACCGGCCACGAGCGGUAUGACCAGGCUAGUAGAGAGAUGGAGCGCUCUAAAGGCAGGGAGCUCCGCGAACUGUUUAAAAAUGGCUUUGGCGCCCACCACGCUGGGAUGCUCAGGUCCGAUCGAAACCUUACUGAACGUAUGUUUGGCGAUGGCCUUCUCAAGGUUCUCUGCUGUACUGCUACUCUCGCUUGGGGAGUCAAUCUGCCCGCUGCCGCAGUAGUGAUCAAGGGAACACAGGUUUAUAACUCUGCCAAGGGAGCGUUUAUGGAUCUUGGAAUCCUCGAUGUUCUCCAGAUCUUUGGACGUGCUGGAAGGCCUCAGUUCCAGCAGGUGGGUGUGGGAUUCAUCGUCACAACUCAUGAUAAAUUAGCCCAUUACCUUUCCGCCGUGACCCAACAGCAUCCAAUCGAAUCCCGCCUCGCAGAGAAAAUGGUUGAUAACCUUAAUGCUGAGAUCGCACUAGGGACCGUCACAACAGUCCAUGAAGCAGUGCAAUGGCUCGGGGACUCCUAUCUCUUUGUGCGAUGGAAGAAGAACCCCCUCCAUUAUGGCAUUGGGUGGGAGGAGCUCGCAGAUGACCCUGCAUUGAAUGCAAAGCGAAGAGAGCAUAUCAUCAAAGCCGCAAGGCGGCUCCAGCAAACACAGAUGAUAAUCUUUGACGAGCGCACAGAGUCGCUCGCGCCAAAAGAUGUAGGGAGGAUCGCAAGUAAUUUUUAUAUUCUCAACAACUCGAUCGAAUUGUUCAACCAGCUCAUGAAACCCAAUGCGUCAGAGGCGGAUGUGUUUAAUAUGAUUUCACGCUCUGCCGAGUUCGACAACAUACAGUUCCGGGAGAGUGAGCUCAUAGAGCUCAAGAGGCUACGCGAUAACUAUUGUCCGUGUCAGGUCAAAAUCGAGAAAAGGCAGAGUGAUAAAGACCAUCCGGAUAAAGAUGUUCCAUUUACUGCGGCUGAGAAGACGAACAUCCUACUUCAGUCACACAUCUCGAGAGCGACCUUUGAGGAUUUCGCACUAGUAUCUGAUUCAGCAUAUGUUGCACAAAACGCAGCAAGAAUUUGCAGGGCGGUUUUCAAGAUCGCGUUAAACAGGCGAUGGGGGAACCUAUGCCAGGUUAUGUUAUCAUUAUGCAAAUCUAUCGAGAAGAAAAUGUGGUCGUUCCAGAGUCCACUUUCACAGUUUGAUCUUCCGAGACCUAUCAUCGACAAACUAGACGCGAGAGAGAGUUCAAUCGAGAGUUUACGUGACAUGAGUCCUUCGGAAAUUGGCCAAUUAGUCCAUAAUCAGGGCUAUGGGCCUCGAAUUGCCAACUUACUCGAUAACUUCCCAACCAUCAACAUCGAAGCUGAGAUUGCACCGUUAAAUCGAGAUGUUUUGAGGAUUAAGCUUUAUAUAUCUCCAGAUUUUAGAUGGAAUGACAGAUACCAUGGCACGUCUGAGCCGUACUGGAUAUGGGUUGAGCACUCGGAGACUGCAGAGAUAUAUCAUUCUGAGUUCUUCAUCCUGACCAAAAGGAAACUACAUGAUGACCAUGAGCUUAAUUUUACAAUUCCUUUAUCUGAUCCACUACCAUCACAGAUCUAUGUCAGGGCAGUGUCGGAUCGAUGGCUCGGCGCCGAGUCGGUAGAGCCGAUUUCGUUCCAGCACCUGAUCAGACCGGAUACAGAGGCUGUCUACACUCCUUUAUUGAACCUCCAGCCGCUCCCAAUUACCGCAUUAAAGAAUGAAAAACUCCAAAAUAUCUACGGCUCAAGGUUUCAGUACUUUAACCCAAUGCAGACGCAGAUAUUCCACUGUCUCUACCAUACGAACUCGAAUGUACUGUUAGGAUCCCCUACUGGUAGUGGAAAAACAAUUACCUGCGAGCUUGCAAUGUGGUGGGCUUUCCGCGAGAAGCCUGGCUCAAAGGUCGUUUAUAUUGCGCCUAUGAAGGCGCUUGUUCGUGAGCGUGUCAAAGAUUGGUCAGCGCGGCUUACGGGGCCAAUGGGGCUGAAGCUUGUAGAGUUGACUGGUGAUAAUACACCUGAUACACGAACUAUCCGUGAUGCUGAUAUCAUCAUUACCACCCCUGAGAAGUGGGAUGGUAUCUCGAGAAGCUGGCAGACAAGAAGUUACGUAAGGAAAGUUUCUUUAGUGAUUAUUGAUGAGAUUCAUCUAUUAGGUGGUGAUCGAGGACCCAUUUUGGAAAUUAUUGUGUCUCGUAUGAACUAUAUUGCGAGUCAGACGGACAAUUCGGUUAGGUUGAUGGGCAUGUCGACGGCUUGUGCAAAUGCGUCGGAUUUAGGAAAUUGGUUGGGUGUUAAGGAAGGCCUGUUUAACUUUAGGCAUUCGGUUCGUCCGGUGCCGCUGGAGAUCUACAUCGACGGAUUCGCAGAGCAACAGGGAUUCUGCCCAUUGAUGCAGUCUAUGAACAGGCCUGCAUAUCUAGCCAUCAAAACUCACUCGCCCAAAAAACCAGUAAUUAUAUUUGUUGCCUCACGUCGGCAGACCAGACUUACCGCAAAAGACCUAAUCGCAUUUUGUGGGAUAGAAGACAAUCCACGUCAGUUCUUAGGUAUUAGUGACGAGGAUCUGCAAACAGUACUCACAAGGACAAAGGAUGAUAGUUUAAAGGAAGCUCUCCAAUUUGGUAUUGGCCUUCAUCAUGCCGGUCUUAUCGAAUCAGAUCGACAACUGGUUGAGGAGCUUUUCACUUUUAAUAAGAUCCAGAUAUUAGUUGCUACCAGUACUCUUGCUUGGGGUGUCAACCUUCCUGCCCACCUUGUUGUUGUGAAGGGAACACAGUACUUCGAUGCCAAGUCAGAAGGGUAUGUCGACAUGGACUUAACAGAUGUGCUGCAGAUGUUAGGAAGAGCUGGGCGUCCGCAGUUUGACUCAUCUGGUAUUGCUAGGAUAUUUACACAGGAUGCCAAGAAAUCGUUUUACAAGUACUUCUUGCACACUGGUUUCCCUGUGGAGUCUUCACUUCACAAGGUUGUAGAUGACCAUCUUGGCGCCGAGAUCUCUGCAGGAACAAUUACGGCUAAGCAGGAUGCAUUGGACUAUCUUACUUGGACAUUCUUCUUCCGUAGACUUCACAAGAAUCCAACUUACUAUGGACUUAACAUCUCCGUGGAAGAUCAAGAUUCGUUGACAGCUCAGGAAUUAGCAAAUGAUUUUAUAGUGGACAUCGUAGAGAAGUCUGUUUCUGAACUAGUCAAGUCUGGAUGUGUUAGAAGCUUCCCAAAUGGUGAUGUGGAGAGCACGCCGUUGGGGAAGAUUGCAAGUUACUACUACCUAUCCCAUAAAACCAUUCGAAAUUUGGUCAAAAAUGCAAAGCCGAAUGCUACCUUGGAGAAUUGUUUGGUGUGGAUGUGCACAGCCACUGAGUAUGAUGAACUCCCCGUCCGUCAUAAUGAAGAUCUUAUCAACAUUGAGCUAUCAAAGGUUCUCUCAUUCCAGGCAGAAUCAUUCGGAAUGCCUAUGUGGGAUCCCCAUGUCAAGGCUUUUCUUUUAAUACAAGCUUUCCUGGCGAGAAUCCCGCUCCCAAUCACGGACUACGUGACUGAUCAAAAUUCUGUCCUUGACCAAAGCAUUCGUAUUUUGCAGGCGUCAAUUGAUGUCCUAGCAGAGCUCGGAUACUUAUCGAGCUGCAUGAUGAUGAUGACGCUGAUGCAAUGCAUCAAGCAAGCCCGCUGGCCAGAAGAUGGACCCCUAGCAAUGCUCCCCGGCGUUGACGUUGAACUCGAGAAACAGCGCAUCUCAAAAGAAAGCAAGAACUCAUCACCGCGGAACCUCGUCGAGCUCUCAACUAUGAGCAGCAAGGAUCUGGACCGUCUAAUGACCCUAGUCAAAGUGCCGGAUAAUUCACGAUCUGCCUUCGCCCGCACUGUCACAGCCUUACCACAGCUCGAGGUCAAGGUCACAAGGGCAACCGCUGAAAUUGUAGAAGCCUCAAUCACCCGCAGGAACCCCUCAACAAACCGCGACUUCCGCAUCCAUGCUCCGAAAUUCCCGAAGCCCCAAACCGAAGGCUAUUUCAUCCUUCUGUGUGACGUCCAAAAAGACGAAAUCUACGCUCUGAAGCGGGUAGGUUUCUCCGCAAAGGGCGGGGCUGGAGGAGGGGGAGGGGCGGAUAACCGUCGGCCGACGCAGAGAUUCACGCUUAAUUUACCCCCGCCGGGUUUGGAAGGUGUGGAUGUGAGCCUUAUUGCGAUUUCGGAUGGGUAUAUUGGUUUGGAGAGCAGAUUGGGGGUUAGGUUGCAGACGACCCAGGCCGUACCGGGGACGUGGGUGGAGAAGGAUCACCCCCUUUUACAAGGCCCGGUCGAGUAA